AUAAUGAAGAAGAGGUCAUGAAAGCAGCAUUAGAGUUAAAAGAAUUAGAUAUGGAUAGUAAUAAAUUAGUUAUAAUUUUUAUAGUAGUUCCGAGUAAUGAAGGAAAUGGGUUAGCAAGAAAAUUAAUUAGAAAGUUUGGGAGAAUUACUUCUGCUAUUUACACUCCAAUUACAUUAAAAAAGUUAAUUAAUCAAAUUAUUCAUUUAGAAAAAAACAUUGCUACUGAUGAAACCAAUACAAAUCUACAGACAAAUGAAAAUAAUGAUACUGGUAUUCUAAAGCGAGUAGCAGGCUAUGAACUUUAUAAGAUUGGAAAUGCUAAUCAAGGAAUAUAUGAGGGCGUGAUCGAAAGAGAUUUUGAGGGGAAGUGUAUUUUAUGUGUG